AUGCAGUUCACCAUCGUCGCCGCUCUCUUCGCCUCGGUCGCCAUGGCCGCCCCCGCCACCCUCGCCGCCCGCGCCAGCGUCUGCCCUUCGGGCCUCCUCAACGGCAGCCCCCAGUGCUGCGCUACUGACGUCCUCGGCGUCGCCAGCCUGGACUGCUCCGUCCCCAGCCGCACUCCCUCCGACGGCGCCGAUCUCAAGGCCAUCUGCGCCGAGGCCGGCAAGUCUGCUCUCUGCUGCAGCGUCCCCGUCGCCGGCCAGAGCCUCCUCUGCACUGCCGUCAUCGGCUAAGCGGUACAUUGUAUCAGUACAAUCGGCACAUUCAGCAAACCGGCGACGGUUGCAUCUGGACACAAAAACUUCAUUUCUUGGCGAGACAGUAUUGGUUGUGUGACUUAAAGACUAGGGCCCUCAGAGUAUAGAGCUCUCUGGUGCUUAGAUAGACGGUUCGGUGAAAUAAUAGUUGGUGUUGAUCAU